CAUAUGCAACCUGAAGCAGGCCAGCUCGCCAGCUCCGGUGACGCAACUCCACCAAGACCACCAGAUCCACCGAGAUCCUCGUACACAAUACAUCCUCUUCUCUGCAUACCUCACUAUGGCCGACGUUCGGUCCAUGCUCAAGCAGCAACGCGCUGCCCGCCAACAGGCCAAGGCACCCAAGCAGUCCGCGCCGACCUCGAAGAAGCGCAAAGCCGUCGAGGACACGCCGGAGGAACGGAAGCGAACAAGGACCGAAGAGCAGGCUGGUGUUCCCGCCGGUUUCUUCGACGAGGGCGCCGCGCAAGAGGCAGAAGCAACCCCGCCGGACGCAGAGGCGCCCGCGGCAGCACCUACAGAAGACACACUCCAGCAACCCGAUGCCACCAAGCCCCCUCUACCAGCUGCCGAUGAUGAAUUGGACGCCUUCAUGGCCGAGAUGGACCAGGCUGCCGCCGAACCCCAGCACAACCCUGCAUCGUACUCGGGCGCUGUCAUCGAGUCUGCGCCCAUGACUGCAGCUCAGCUGGCGGCGCAGGCAAAAGAAGACAAGACGGCACAGCGAGCUAGGAACGACGAGGAAAUGGAGGACGAGAAAGAGGAUGCUGCCAACGCGCUCCAAGACGAGUUCGAGGAGAUGGACGGGCUGGAAGAGCGCGUGAAGAAGCUGCGCGAGCAGCGGGAGGCUCUUCGCGUGAAGCAUGCGGCUACCGACGUCCGCGAGGAGACUGUGCCUCUUCCCGCGCUGCAGCCUGAGGACGAAGACAGCGUGUCUGAAGAUGACGACUGGGACGACUGGCGCUUUCGCCCGGCAUGAUGCUUGCAGCACUGUACACUUGCAUAUGUACCAUACCCAUUUGAUACCACAGCAUGGGACUGGCGUUACGGAUGAUACCAAUUGAAUUACUGAAUCGCAUAGCACUCCAAA